AUGGGGCCGCCGCGGGAGGGCGGCGAGAUGGCGGCGGCGCUGCGGGCCGCUAAGCGGGCGCUGCGAGGGGAGCUGCGGCAGCGGCUGCGGGCGCUGAGCGCGGCGGAGAAGCGGCGCCAGUCCCGCCUGCUGAGCGGCAAGGUGAUUGGCCAUCCCAAGUACCAAGAAUCGAAAAGAAUUGCGAUCUUUCUGAGCAUGCCAGAUGAAAUCCAGACAGAAGAAAUCAUUGAAGACAUUUUUAAGCAAGGCAAAGAGUGUUUCAUCCCACGUUACAUGCCUCACAGCAAUCACAUGGACAUGCUGAAGUUAUCAUCAGCUGAAGACAUUUCUUCACUUACUUUGACAUCCUGGAAUAUUCUUCAGCCUAGUGAUGAUGACAGUGCAAGAGAGGAGGCUCUUGCUGGUGGGGGUCUUGACCUUGUCUUCAUGCCAGGCCUUGGGUUUGACAAAAAAGGCAACAGAUUGGGAAGAGGGAAAGGAUAUUAUGAUACCUAUCUUGAAAGAUGUAUGAAACAUCCCAGUGGAAAGCCUUACACAAUUGCCUUGGCUUUUAGGGAACAGAUUUGUGAAUCAGUGCCUGUGACAGAAAAUGAUGUCCAAGUAGAUGAAAUCCUUUAUGAAGACUGCUGAAAGUAUCUUGACACCAACCCACCUUCAGAGUGACCAACCAAAGACAUCAGAUCCAUCAAUCAUGACUUUUUAAUAGUCACAUAUGGCUUUGGGAGCAAUAAAACCCACUAUUUGUGUUUGAACAACAAAAAAACCCAAACCAGUGUAAAUGUGGUAAUAGUAGUAAGGAUU